GUUGUCGACUACUCAGCAUUGGCAUAUCACUCGACCUGUUUCCUGGGGCAUCUCAAAAAGUGAUGAAGUGUAAAUGGAGUCUCAUACAUUAAUUCAGGACAAAUUAUCUGAAUGGAACCUUAGCAAGUUAAUUAACCGGUUUGAAGAUGAACAGAUCAACGAUGAAACUUUCUUAAGUCUUGACACUUCAGCUCAUCUUGAAGUCUUGAUCCCAAAAACUGGACCCAGAGUUAAAUUUAGAAAAAGACUGCAGGAAUACAAACAGUCUCUCAACAGACAACAUGAGGAGGAAAUGAUGGAAACAAAUGUGGACUCUCAUCAUAUGAGUACCGUGUCUUUUCCCUCACAAUCACUUGUAACUCAACAAGGCAUCUUAGCCACCCAACUUUUUUUAUUGCGCCAUCACCUAACUAUCCCUGUUCAGGAAGACCUAAUGACUGUGAUCAAAUCUAUCAUCCCUACAUUUACAGCUGAUUCCAUUUUUAACACUGACAAGAUAAAGGUUUACAAAGGAAUAUGUAGAUCAGGAUUUUUUCUAUUUAGCUCUUUGAAAGACCUUCUUAAAGAUACCCUUGACACUUACGGACUGAUGCUGCUUCCAAAACUGGUCAAUUUAGAAGAUGAAAUUGGUGACAUUAUGGGUGGAAAAAUGUACCAGAAAUUGAUUGAAAACAAAACAGUGUCAAAUGAUGAUAUUACCUUUUUGUGGAACUGUGAUGCUGCACCAGUUGAGCAGGAGUCCGUCUGGUCUCUUCAGUUAACUAUCAAUGAGCUGCCUAACCAAAUCAGAAAGCAAAAUGUGCUGGUGCCAGCACUUUGGUGUGGCAAAGGAGCUCCUGAUAUGGCAGAGUUUUUAAAGCCUUUUAUUAAUGAAUGUCUUGAAUUAGCCAAAGCUCCGCUCAGAUGGAUAGAUGGUAAUGGUACAGCUCAUUUCUCAAGAGUUUUUGUUUUGGUUUGCUCUUCUGAUGCUGUGGCUAGACCGUUACUUCAGAACAGUAUACAAUUCAAUGGUGAAUAUGGCUGUGACUGGUGUUUGCACCCUGGCACAGUGGUUGAUAAGGGCUCAGGUAAAGUCAGGUCAUACGCAUACGAUCAAUGCAAACCAAGGGCAAGAUGUGAGAAAAUGUAUCAAGCAGAUGCCAUCAGAGCAAAGGCCUCAGGAAAACCAGUCAAUGGAGUAAAAGGAGACAGUGUCCUGCAGGCCCUCCCGAUCUUUGACAUAGUGCAGGGGUUUGUCCCAGAGUACUCACACGCAGUUCUGCUUGGUAUGACUAAACAGCUGGUCUUCCUCUGGCUAGAGGACAAGAAUUCUACAGAGCCUUGGUACAUAGGUAAUAGGGAAGAUGAAUUGGAUGCACGUCUCUUCAGUCUUAGGCCAGCCUUAAAUAUAACCCGAUCUUCAAUUUCACUGAAGUGUAGGGAAAAAUGGAAAGCUGAGGAUUGGCAGGCAUUUCUUUUAUUCUAUGGUAUUUAUGUUCUCAAGCCAUACCUAGCACCUCGAUAUCUCCAUCAUUUUUACCGGCUGUCUUGUAGUGUGCACAUUCUCCUCCAGGACACCAUAGCCAUAGAGAGUCUGAAGUGUGCACACGUUUACCUGGAGGACUUUGUUAAAGAGAUGGCUGUACUUUAUGGUAAGGAACAUGUCACUUUCAACUGCCACCAGCUCAUCCAUUUAUGUGAUAGUGUUCAGAACUGGGGCCCCCUUUGGGCCACAUCUGCCCUGGGCUUUGAAAAAAACAAUACAAAUUUACAGGCUCUGCUUCGUGGUGUAAUUACAGAUGCUGAGGGUAUUGAGAAGAUGUUUAGUAUCUGGCAGCAUGUACCUAACCACCUCAGGUCAUUUGUCUUCAGCAAUUUAGACUUUAACGACUUGAUAAAGCUUAACUCACCACAAAAUGUUUACAAAGUUGCCUAUGCUCCUGUUGGACCUUGUUGCCAUAUUGAUAUCAAUGAUUCAACCAAGUCAGUAGUACAAGACCUCCUCAAGGACACUGGUCAGGUAAGCGCUUAUGAGCGCUUCACAAAUGGCCACAGAGUUUACCAUUGUGCCAACAGUAAAGCCACUAACAAAACAAAAUGCACUGUUAAACUAAACAAUGGGUACUAUGGAGAAAUUCACCUGUUCCUUGAAGUUAAAUGUCCAUCCACGGGCCAUGUCUGUCAAGUGAUUGUGGUCAAAAGGUUUGACACCAGUCCUGUUUUCAGGGAGCUAAACAUGGAAUUAUCCACUCAUGCUAUUUUUGUCAAAGGGAAUUUGACUGAAGAGCUUAGAGCUUUUUACAUCCAUAGUAUAAAAAGUGAAUGUGUGUGUGUCAGUGAUUGGAUUGUGCACCUUCCAAGUUUACAUGAAAGAUACUAGCCAUUUCCGCUGGGGGACGGUUGAGACAAAAUGUUGUCAUCAUGGGCGUAUUUGUUCCAAGAAGCUGUUGAAAAAGUGUA